AUCCCAAGCAACCGCGAACCGUUGAAUGGCCUUGCCACCCAUUGUCGUUUUAACUUACCUAUUCAUUAGCUCUGUCUUGGAUUAUUCUUAAUAAUGUAACUUUGCAAGCCAAAUUAUGUAGAAUGGUACAUAAAUGACGAUGUUAGAGUGUUGCUGAAUACGGCUUUCCACGUAAGAUUUCUCCCUUACUUCCUCUUUCACUUACAACUCAAAACAUAGAGCAUCAUCGUUCGGCACAGCGAGAAAACAACUCAUCCUAGUCUCACCUAUUUCUACCUGGCUACGAAUAAUUCUUCGUACUAACCACAGCUAUUCGAUCCAACUCAACAGAUAUUUCCCAACUCACGACUCAAAAUGCCUCCCGCUACUUACUCUCUCCCCCCGCUGCCAUAUGCCUAUGAUGCUCUGGAGCCCAGCAUCUCCAAGCAGAUCAUGGAGCUGCACCACCAGAAACACCAUCAGACCUAUAUCACCAAUCUCAACAAGGCCCUAGAGGUAUCUGCUAAGGCGGGAUCUGAAGGCAAGCUCCAGGAUGCCGCGGCCCAGCUAGGAGCUAUUCGCUUCAACGGCGGUGGUCACAUCAACCAUUCGCUCUUCUGGGAGGGCCUGGCACCUGCGUCUUCACCUGACGCUAAGCUAGACGCUGCUCCUAAGCUCGCCGGCGCCAUUAAGGCUACUUGGGGUAGCUUUGACAAGUUCAAGGAGGUCUUUGGCACUGCUCUUCUGGGCAUCCAGGGCAGUGGAUGGGGCUGGCUCGUUAAGGAGGCAGUUACCGGACAGUUGCGGAUCGUGACGCUAGCGAACCAGGAAGCUGUCGUUGUCGGUGACACCCCACUAUUCGGUGUCGACAUGUGGGAACACGCUUACUACCUUCAGUACCUCAACGGCAAAGCAGCUUACGUUGAGAACAUCUGGAAGAUCAUCAACUGGAAGACUGCCGAGACACGUUACGCUGGAAGCCGAGACGACGCCUUCAAGGUUCUUAAGGCUCAUAUGUAAGCUAUAGGAGUAAAAAAAAGAGUGCUCGGUAGAUACUUACCCUGAGCUAUGAAUCCGAUGAGGCACAAUGAACGAGCUGGACUGAUGAUGUCUAGCAUCAAUAUAUGAGAAUGAGGCCGCUUUCGUUACUGUAGUUGCAUAUGAAUGAAAUGAACACACUUCUGAUGCCUAUCAUGAUUGAUUCUUCGAAACACUGAAGAUGACGUAAUGAGGCACACAGCAAAACAGAGUUUUGAU